AUGGCGAAGACGUGCGGCGCAUGCAGGGAACGGAAAGUACGUUGCGACGGGGUUACUCCAAUUUGUGGGCCAUGCUCCAAAGCGCGACGUCCGAUUCAAUGUAUAUAUGUGAGCAGCAAUGCUGUGGCAUCGAAGGGGCCCCUCUUGCAGAAAGGUGCUGCGUGCUAUCCUUGCAGGAGGAAGAAGAAGAGAUGCGAUGCCAAGCACCCCUUCUGUACUACAUGCAAGGUUGCUGGGAAGGAGUAUGACUGCCAAUAUGAAGACAACAUCGAGCGCAGUUUAACUGAAGCACUCAUCGCGCGUACACGGGACCUUGAGCAACGUCUGGCCUACUUCGAGGGUCAGUCACAAGCAUCUUCGGCUGCGCCUUCGCAGUCCGUGGCAUCGUCAUCUUGCGUAACAGUUGAAAUGAACGACUUUUUGUCUUCGUUGGCCAGCUUUCCACCAAUCUUUGCCCAAUACCCAUUUACGCCGGGUGUGAAUCUCGCGCCAAAUGUCGAAAUGCCGUUCCCUCUGGUCACUUCUCUCCCCUUGCAAAGUGUUGCUUCUCAAAGUGAAAUUAUCUCACCCCUAGUCGAUUCUCAUUAUCUCACCACGUCGACGUCUUAUCAGGAUCUAGACGAGUUUCGUGCGUUAUUCAUCUCACAUCAUGGUCAACUAGGCCUCUUUCUAUCGGAAGAGAAAACGCAAGCCAUCUUGCUUGCAGAUUUAUCCGGCAGGGUUGUUCACCCAGUGCUGGUAUACGCAGCUCAGCUGAUGGGCUGUCGUCUAUGGCAAGAGCAGCAUCGUGCAGUUUGCACUAUCACCACGGAGUCGUAUCAGCUACGGUCCGUACAACAGGCACUCUUGAAUACCGGUCACCCUGUGACAAGGCUUCAAGUUCACAAUGUGCUUACGAUUUAUUUUCUCAUCAAGCAACAUAUGCAGGAGGGUCGAGAUCAGCUCGUGAAAGCAGCAAAUCUCGUUAUGCAGUACAGCUUACGCUUCCAAUCACCAGCGAUAACAGGGACAAAUCUAUUGCAAGAGCCAAACAUUGAGGCCCGGGAGCAGAUCUGUGCGCUCAGCCAGCUCCUGUACCUGGACAAAGCUGCUUGCAUUGUCCUGAAUGAAUCAACCUUACUCAGUGUCGAGUUUGAACAAGACUUCGCAACUUUAUCGUAUGUGUUUCCUGCUAUCUCUAGGCACAAUCUGGUUGUCUUGCGCGCAAGGAGUGUCUUUUUUCUGCAUCAGACUCGUUGCUUGUCCUCCCAGCCGUCCAGCCCCGUGGACUUCAACGUGCCAGCACACAGUCAGGGUCAGUGGUAUGACCAAUAUUGGCAUCUCUUGGCAGAAGUUUCCGAACACAUAGCCAUACUCAGUCCAUCCAUGCUGAAGUCCACUGCUUUCCGUGAUAGAGAACGUGGACUGACGUUAAAGCUCUGUAUGCUCGUAUCAUUGACCGCGUCCGCUGAGUUGCAUCGACUGUUAGCGAGCCAUCAUGCUGAAUCACGGUUGAAAUGCCUGGAUGUUGUAUUCGAAAUCGUGGGGAUUACGAGGGGUCUCAAAGAUGAUGAUUAUAUAUUCUUGGAUCCUAUUCUGGGGAUAUGCUGGACGAUGGUAGCUACCAUCUUCAACCAAGAGCGCGACCACCAUAACGACAAAUAUUCCGCUGUGCAUUGGAGAUCCUUACUCGCUGUCAUCGUGUACUCUGCUUCCAAACUCGGGCACACUCUUCCCUUCAUGGAAAAUUCGUUGGUGACCAUAAACGGUGCUAUUUCUACUGCUGAAGAGUCAAGUACUGAAUAA